CUCACGCCGUCAACUUGCGAUUGCGACACCAGACCGAGGCAUUGAGCCUUUUCACUAUUGGACCCAAGACCGCACCGAAACGAGUCAUCUACGUACGCGCCCACGUGCACUGCCAGCCGAACCCACGCGCUCACAUAGCAGCAGCAACACAGCCAUCAUGUCCGGCGCUGGCCCCUCCCCACGCUUCUUCCAGCAGCCGCUGCGAUACAUGAAGUGGGCCUCUAUCAACAAGCCAGCAUACUUCUACUCCAUCAUGGUCGGCUGCGCAGGACCCGCACUCGUCGUUACCGUUCCCCCGAUUCGGAGAUAUAUGGGCGAGGAGCCGAUCCCUAAGAUCCCUAUGACAUACCCAGUACCAAAGGGACCACGACCAAGGCCGGCAGGUUUCGACGACGAAUAGAGGACGGUAGCGGAGGCGGCUAAGAGAAGAUGCAUGAAAUUAUACCUCGG